AAAAAAAUAAGUACGAAAAACUUGAGUUAUCCGAAUCGGACCGGACGCAAAAACUGUUACAAUAAAUAAGAAUAGUUUGUCUCUAGUUCUUUAACAACGAAAUGAUGGAGCCAGAACUCGUUGAAGAUUUCUUUGGAGUUUAUUUACUGUAUAACAUUAACCCCAAAUACAAGGGUCGUACAUACAUUGGUUACACCAGAGACCCAAAUAGAAGGAUAAUGCAACAUAACAGGGGAACAUGGGCUGGUGGUGCGCACAGGACAAGUAAUAGAGGUCCAUGGAAAAUGGUAAUGAUUGUACACGGUUUCCCAAACAACAUAUCUGCUUUGAGGUUUGAAUGGGCCUGGCAGAACCCAACGAAGACAACAAGACUGCAGCAUUUAGCUUUAAAGAGAGUGCCCAGAAAGGAGACAGAGUUCCGCUUUCAGCUCCGAGUUGUCAGCGAAAUGCUUAGGGUCGGGCCGUGGUGUCGACUGCCGCUCACCAUCAGGUGGCUAGAGAAAGACUUUUAUGAAGAAUUUCCACCUGAAAGAGUACCUCCAACUCACAUGAAAAUAUGCCAUGGGCCAGUCAAGAGCAAGAACCUUAAGAAACCCAAGGAGACCCAUUCCACCCACACAGAAUGCCUGAUAUGCUCCGGCUACAUCACCAGCCCCGACUCUAAACUAUCCUGCUUAAACCCUCACUGUGACCUCAUAUCUCACAUAACAUGCCUCGCCCAGUUAUUCUUAGAACCCGCUGAAUUUGUCCCCGUACAAGGCCAGUGUCCUUUCUGUGGUACAAUGCUUAAAUGGGGUGAUUUAAUAAGGAAAAUGAGAGGUUGUGGUCAGGGUACACUGAGCCAGGAAGAUGAUAAUGGCAGCGAUGAUGAUGAUGAUGUUUUGUCACAAGACAGAGUGUUUGUUGAUAAUAAUUCCAUUUGGUUGCAGGACUGUGAUGAGUUAUGACGAGAAAUAUAUACUUAUGUGUGUAACAUUGCGUUUUUAUUUUUUC